GCGGAGUAAAACAGUAUGAGUUGAGCCAGUGGGAGGGUCGGACCAUGACGCACCUCCGCCUCUCAACAGUGCGGUAAUGUUGGUCCGAGUCAAGUUAAAGACUUUAACCAAUUCCCUCCUGUCUGCAGGAAUGUCUCUCAUGGCAUUUCCACUAGCAGUGAAGUAAUUCUGCCAAUCAAAAUGUGGAGUGCGAGAUUUCGGGAUGGCAGGGUGCUGCUGGUCAUAGCCGUUGCGUUGGUGGUGUGCUGCGAGGGCCUCGCUGUGCGAUAUAAUGGCGGCGGAGAGUGCGAGAGCCAAGCCCUUAGUGCCCGGGAGAGAGCACUCACCUGCUCCCUCAAGACUCUUGAUGAGGACAUGAGAGUGGCCAAUCUGAGCAACGUGCCAGUGGACAGUGUGGUGCAACUAUCCCUUCAGUGCAACCAAGUUUACUACUUCGAGAGUGUGUUGACGCCCUUCAGUUUAUCGGGCUUUGUGCGAGUCAGAGAGCUCAAUGUGGAGUAUUGCAAGAUCAGUGAACUCGAGGAUAAUACAUUUAUAAGCCUCAGAAAUUUAAGAAAUUUGACACUACGGACUAGAAACUCCGACUGGCCGGUGAUGAGCCUUACGACCAAGCCAGAUGUGUUCCGUCCUUUGCACCAGCUGGAGCGGCUAGAUCUUAGUACUAACAAUAUCUGGGAAUUACCAGCUGGAGCCUUCUGCCACCUCGCCACCCUCAAACUGCUCAAUCUAAGUCACAACCACCUGCAAGACAUCACGCAGCUGGGGUUCGGCGAGGGUCCAGCAGACAGAGGUUCCCCGACCUGCCGCUCAGACGUCAGUUCGCUCGACCUGUCCAGCAACGAUGUCACGAGCCUGGUGUCGGGGUCCCUGCAGGGCUUGGGCCGCCUCCUGCACCUCUACCUGCAACACAACGAACUCGGGAAGGUAGACGACAAUGCCUUCCAGGGUCUCAGCAGUCUACGCACCCUCGACAUCUCUGACAACAGACUGGUGGCGCUGCCUGAGGACGCCUUCCUUCACACCCCGAGCCUCAUGUACUGCCGCGUCAGGAACAACUCCCUGUCUGCGUUGGCACCGGGUUUGUUUCGAGGCCUCGAACAUCUGGUAGAGCUCGAUCUUUCCCACAACGAACUGAAAUCUGAGGGGCUGACAUCUACCAUCUUCCAGGGCCUCAUUCGCCUCAUGUUGCUGGAUCUGUCGUACAACAAGAUCUCUCAGCUGAAUCAGCAGGUCUUCCGCGAUCUUUACAACGUCCAGGUUCUCAGACUCUCCCACAAUCAGUUCCAGACCAUCCCAGCUGCAGCAUUUGCAGCUUGUGUUAACCUCCACACACUGGACUUGUCUUACAACCAAUUGACUAGUAUUCCAGAUCGAGCAUUCCAGGGAGUGAACGUCUUGAGUUUCCUGGCGCUGGACAACAACCAGAUCAGCGACGUGGGCGCGUCCUCACUCAGCAACCUCACCAGUCUGGAGGACCUCAACCUUAAUGGUAAUCAACUGACGGUGAUUCCAGCGGACGUGGGUCGUCUGAGGUACCUCAAGACGCUGGAUCUUGGGGAAAAUAAUAUCACGUCCGUGGAAAACAUGCCCGUGAAAGGAUUAGAGUUCCUGUACGGGCUAAGACUCGUGAACAACAAAAUCAGUGGUAACAUUUCUAAAGAUACGUUCAGUGAUAUCCCAUCCCUUAAGAUACUAAAUUUAGCAAAAAAUGCUAUAACAAAUAUUGAAAGUGGCACAUUUGAUAAUAAUCUUAACUUACAAGCAGUUCGAUUAGAUGCAAACAAGCUUACAAGUAUUAAUAGUUUAUUUGAAAACCUUCCAAAUUUAGUGUGGUUAAAUGUGUCUGAUAACAACAUUGAAAUGUUUGAUUAUCACUUUAUUCCCGUGAGUCUUCAGUGGUUAGAUUUGCAUAAAAACAAAAUUACUGAAUUAGGAAAUUACAAUGAACGUCAUGAUCUAAGUUUGCAAACCCUUGAUGCUAGUUUCAAUAAACUACAAUAUAUCAAUAGCAUCCAAAUUCCCGACAGUGUGCAGUUGUUAUUUUUAAACGAUAAUAGAAUAUCCGAGGUGGAACCCUUCACUUUCUUUAAGAAAGCAAACCUAACUCGUGUUGACUUAUUCGCUAAUCAGCUGGCGAAGAUGGAUAUGUCGGCUUUGAGGCUGUCGGAGCUUCCGGCCAACAAGUCCCUCCCGGAGUUCUAUUUAGGAGGGAACCCCUUCGUCUGUGACUGUAAGAUGGAGUGGCUCCAGAGGAUCAACGGCCUCGAGCACGAACGUCAAAACCCCCGCAUCAUGGACUUGGAAAGCAUCUAUUGCCAGAUGCCUUUCCAUCGUACGGGGGCCUUUAUCGCUCUGGUGGAGGUCAACCCGUCACAGUUCCUCUGCCAGUAUGAGACCCACUGCUUCGCCCUCUGUCACUGUUGUGAGUUUGAUGCCUGUGAUUGUGAGAUGACGUGUCCUAGUGGCUGUGGGUGUUACCAUGACCAGUCGUGGAGGUCCAACAUUGUCGACUGUUCACGGCAGGAUGUGCAACAAGUGCCUGAACGCAUCCCAAUGGAUGCCACUCAGGUGUACCUUGAUGGUAACGAUCUGAGGAACCUCUCCUCCCAUUCCUUUAUAGGUCGUAAACACCUGCAAAUUCUGUAUGUGAAUGCCUCUAAUGUCAAGACCCUCGACAAUGGUACAUUCAGUGGGCUAACCAGACUUACGGCACUUCAUCUGCAAGACAAUCUGCUGGAAGCGCUAAGGGGAAACGAGUUUCAGGGGCUGCAAGGCGUGAGAGAGCUGUACCUUCACAACAACCAUCUACGGUACAUCCACCAACACACCUUUGCAUCUCUCUCUCACCUAGAGAUCCUGACACUCCACAACAACCAGCUGAUUAACUUCCCUGUGUGGCGGCUGGUGGACAACACUUACCUCAGCCGUGUUUCCCUUGGUGCUAACCAGUGGUCAUGUCAGUGCCAGUUCGUCGAGUCGUUUGGCAUCUGGCUCAAUGGGAACGAGCGGAGGGUCUCUGAUGCCAGAGACAUUAAGUGCUACACCGCCGAGGCUGAGGAAGAGCCUGGCUCCUUCAUCAUGGAGUUCAACGUUACCACCUGCAUGAACACGACUGCUUUGUCCACCGUCAUCCAACCCAUGGUGUUGGACAACUUGUUGCACCCUGUGAUCGCUACCUGUGUCGCCUUCGUCGUGGUGGUGCUCCUGGUCCUGUGUGUCCUAUACCGUAGUACCAUACGUGUGUGGAUCUACUCUCGGUGUGGGUUCAGGAUGUGCCACAAGACGACCAACACAGACGAUCGUGAUAAGUUGUUCGAUGCUUUUGUUUCUUAUAGUUCCAAGGACGAGGGUUGGGUGAACCAAGUCUUGGCUGGGGAGCUCGAGAGAGGAGAGAGACCCUACAGGGUUUGUCUCCACUACAGAGACUUCCCAGUCACGGCGUACCUCGCUGACACGAUAGUGGAGGCGGUUGAGUCAUCGCGCCGCACCAUUAUAGUUCUCUCUAAAAACUUUAUCGAAAACGAGUGGUGUCGCUUCCAGUUCAAGAGUGCCCACCACGAGGUCUUCAAGAAGCGGCGACAGCGGCUCAUCGUCAUCGUCCUGGGGGAGAUCCCGGCGCGAGACCUCGACCCAGAUCUCCGCCUCUACCUCAAAACCAACACCUGCAUCCACACUAGUGAUAAGCUCUUUUGGGAUAAGCUUAGAUUUGCGAUGCCCGACGUGCAGAACAGUCAACGGGUCGUCCACACCUACAGUUCCAUCCCAGAGAGGUCCUCCUCGUCCACUAAUAAGUACAGUGUCAAUAGUCCAGCGUCCAUGCAUCAAAAUCUUCACGGGGGAUCCGACGCUUACUGGGCGUAGGGCAGUGAAGGGCUCUGCUUGUAAGUGCACAGCAGAGCUCUGUUUGUAAGUUUACAACAGGGCAUUGUUUGUAUGUACAGUUAUACACAGUAGAACUCUGACAGUACACAGUAAAGUUCCGGCUGUAAAAGUGUACUGUACAGCAGGGCUCUGUUCGUCAGUGCUGUGUGUAGCAGUAACAUGUGCAGCAGGGCUCUGUGUGAGUGUUGUCUAGUGUACAGCAGAGCUCGAGUGUAUGGUAAGUGGCUGUGCUGAACUACACGUGCGAGAAGGAUAUAUAGCUUUAAAAAAGUGAUGUGAAAAACAGUGAUCGAAUCCUAUCUGUGAAGAUUGUCCUGGAAAAAAACUUAACUAUUUAAAGAUGCUCUGAAAAAUUAUGGAAACAAAAUAUUGAAGAAAAAACCUAGCAAAAAAUAAGUGUGAAGGGGACCCAGUCUGUGCAUUGCGGAGCUCUGUACAUGUUAUUUAUCUCCAGCAAUGGUUAUGUAACAUCUAGUCAUAUAUAUAUUGUGUAUGAAAUUUAUAAAAAGUGGCUAGGCUUUAUUCCUUCCCCUUCAAUCAAUAUAUAUAUAUAUAUAUAUAUAUUAUAUACAACGAACAAACCUGUCAGCAUUUUUUUAUGGCAAAUAUCUACUAUUAAAUGCUUCUUUUGUAAGUGUGCUCGGAAAAAAAUCCAUACAACAUACUCGGCCUCAGUAUUGUGUUAUUGUCACUUUGACUGAAAAUGAUUUUUUUAUGCAUACCUGUUGUGCUCUGUGGGUGGGUGUGAUGGUCAGUCAGACAUGCACUCACUUGUUGAUGACGCUCUGUGAAGAAUAUUUUAUAUGUGCUUUGGACUUACUGGGAAAAUUUCUCGUUCACCUCAUGCAGAGAGACAAUAUUUUAUUAAAACAUUAUAUUCCAUUCUGAUUUACGUGAGAUUAUGUAACCAUUGUCAUGUUGUUCAUUGUACUGGCUUCAUUCUCCCUCCCAACUUUUAUAGACUCUGCACAUCCACCACUCACCUCCAUGUUAAAAUAAAUAAAUAAACUCUUCUACCCCAAGGUCAAGGUCACUAUGACAUUGACCUCUUCUAAUCACCCCUGACAUGGUUUUUGCCUACUGUGUAAACAAAAGCGAACAUUUACAUCAAACGCUUCUAGCUACAUCAGUGUUGACGUCCAUUUGUAAGAUGUUAAUUUGAGAAGUGACAUCCUGCUAACUGUUUUAUAUCACGAGAGUUUUGCCCACCUAAUCUGUGAUAAUACCAAAGUCAUAUACAGCUUAUUUAACAUGUACAUAUUUUUUUUAUACAGGAUAAUUUUUUCUUUUGUAAGAUACUGUAUAUAAAUUCAUGUGUAAAUAAAAAUGCAAUGGGCAAUA